CCCCGGACGCGCAGGCCCAGCGGCCACGGCCCACGGGCCCAGCCGCUCUGCGGCACGCGGGAUCCUCCCGGACCGGGACACGAACCCGCGUCCCCCGCAUCGGCAGGCGGACUCCCAGCCACUGUGCCACCAGGGAAGCCCCCAACUCUAUUUAAUUAAGGGUUCUGUUUAUUAAUUUUUACUAGACAGAGUUCUGUUGUGUUCUCUGAAAUAGCACAUAGGGGAAUGGCAGGGCCUGGGAGCCAGACAGAUCGGCCUCUCAAAGGCGCUCCACCUCUUUGCACCUGUUUGCUCAUCAGCAGGGCUCCAGAGACUGCCGAGCGCUCCGGUCCCUACUGGCGGGGGCACAGGAGGCUGCACACCUCACUCUGCUCACGGGCCUGGGGGCCAGGAGUUUGGAAGGGCUGCGGUGGGACCGGCCCGUCUCUGCCCCACAAGGUUGGGGUCCUCAGCUUGGAGGGCGCCGGGCCGUGGAUGGCUGGGUGGCUGAGGGCUGGAGUCUUUUGGAAGGGUUUCCUCAAAUCUGCAAGUUGCUGCUGCCUGUUAGCUGGGACGUGAGCUGGGCUGCUGAGCACAGCACCUCUGCGUGGACUCUCGCUGUGGCCUGGGCUUCCUCACAGUGAGCGCAGGGGGCGCUCUGUUUAGUCAGACUUCUUACUUCUCGGGGCUCCGGAAGUGAGUGUCCCGGUGAACAUGGCGGCGGGAGCUUCCGCAGCCCUGGAGUCACACAGCGUUGCUCCGGAUGCGCUCUCCUGCUUCCCAGCAAGUCGCUGAGCGUAGGCCACGUUGAAGAGGAGGGAACAAAGACCCCCAUCUCGGGAGGAGUGUCGCAGUUUGGGGAUGUGCUCUAAAAGUGCCUCACUUAGGUCUGCACAUAUAUAGACCCUGGGAGAUAUCUCCUCCCUCGUUUUCCUUCCUGCCCUCACUAAGACCCGAUGUGAUGCUGGCAGUGCAAAUGAAGAUGGACCCUCCUGGACCAGUUCUCUGUGCGUCUCUGCGUUAGCGUGGGCCCCGUAAACAGGACUCUGAUGCAGAGCUCUGAUCUUGCGGGAGCUUCUGCUUGGCCCGCCCAGGUGGCCGAGAGUCCGCGUGCCCGUGGCUGAGCGGGAGCGCGUGGUUGCCCACGUACAGUGUGUGUGUGUAGCAACACCAAAAGCCCGCGUUCACCAGCACUUCGCAGCAAUUGAUGAGUACAGAGAGGUGUUUGUAAAAGCAUCAAAAUUCCAAAGCUUUUUGCAUCUUUGGUACUUUUCCUUCCAGCCCUGACGAGUCCAGCGUCUCACUUCUGCUGUUCCAUUGGCCUGUUUACCUGUUCUUGUGCCGUUAGCCACUUCUUAGUUGUUACCUGUGGCCUUGUAGGAUGUUUUCCAAUUUUUUGAGUUUUUCAGAAACAGCAGGAAUCUUGAUUGGGAUUGCAUCUGCGUGUGCUGAGAAACACCAGCAGCCUCUCCAUGAGCUGUUAGGAAGGUUGGCGGGUGCAAGGUUAGCCUGCGCAGACUGGGGGCAUCUCUCACCCAGCAGUCCACCAGAAAGUAUAGUGACAAUGAGAUACUUUUGACAGUAGCAAGAAAAACCAUGAUGUGUUUCAGGAUUAAUUAACCAGGGCUACAGAAGACCUCCACAGAGAGGACCAUCAAACUUUUUAAAUUAUAUUUUAUUUUUUAAAUAAAUUUAUUUAUUUAUGAUUUUUGGCUGCGUUGGGUCUUCGUUGCUGCGCGCAGGCCUUUUUUAGUUGCGGCGAGCGGGGGCUGCUCUUGGUUGCGGUGAGCGGGCUUCUCAUUGUGGUGGCUUCUCUUGUUGCGGAGCACGGGCUCUAGGUGCAUGGGCUUCAGUAGUUGUGGCUCGAGGGCUCUAGAGCGCAGGCUCAGUAGUUGUGGUGCACGGGCCUAGUUGCUCCGCAGCAUGUGGGAUCUUCCCGGACCAGGGCUCAAACCCUUGCCCCCUGCACUGGCAGGCGGAUUCUUAACCACUGCGCCACCACGGAAGUCCCCGGACCAUCAAACUUAAUAAAGGAUGUAGGAGAGGACCCCACGCUCUUGGUCCUAGAGAGCUGUCUCUUCUCCCCACAUUAAUUUCCAAAUACUUUUUCAACAUUGUUGUAAAGUUGUUUCUUUUUUUUUUCCCGGUACGCGGACCUCUGACUGUUGUGGCCUCUCCCGUUGCGGAGCACAGGCACCGGACGCGCAGGCCCAGCGGCCAUGGCUCACGGGCCCAGCCGCUCCGCGGCACGUGGGAUCUUCCCGGACCGGGGCACGAACCCGUGUCCCCUGCAUCGGCAGGCGGACUCUCAACCCCUGCGCCACCAGGGAAGCCUGUAAAGUUGUUUCUUGACAGCAGGGACCGUGUUUGGUUUGCUGCUCCAUACCCAGCAUUUAGAACAGAGCUUGGCCCAGAGAAGACUUUCAGUAAACAUUUGUGGAUUGAAUGAAAGGCACAGUUACGUGCACAGCAGAUUGUGUGCCCUGCUUUUCCAUUUGACAGCACCCAUGAGACUUUUUCCUUGGACUUAACCUUCAUGUUCGUGAUUGAUGGUUGGAACCGUAAUGGAUUUCACCAUUCCCCUAUGGAUGACGUGUAGGUUCUUGUUCUCUUUUCUAUCAAUGUGGAUAAGAAACAUUAUUUGCCUCUGACUUUCUUGCCAUGAGUUUUGUUUUUUUUUUUUAAACAAAAGGCUUCAUUCUUUUUUUUUUUUAAAUUAAUUUCUUUUAUUUUUGGCUGCAUUGGGUCUUCGUUGCUGCGUGCGGGCUUUCUCUAGCUGCGGCGAGCGGGAGCUACUCUUCGUUGCCCUGCCCAGGCUUCUCAUUGCGGUGGCUUCUCUUGUUGAGGAGCACGGGCUCUAGGUGUGUGGGCUCAGUAGUUGUGGCUUGUGGGAUUCAGUAGUUGUGGCUCGUGGGCUCAGUAGUUGUGGCACACGGGCUUAGUUGUUCUGCUUGCCGUGAGUUUUUAAUGCCCUUUGAAAUGAGGCUUUUGAGGUUUUCUCUUUUGAGAAGAGAUUAUUUGAGGUUAUUUUUAUUUAUUUAUUUUAUUUUUUUAUUUUUCUCUUUUUGCGGUACGCGGGCCUAUCACCGCCGUGGCCUAUCCCGCCGCGAAGCACAGGCUCUGGACGCGCAGGCCCAGCAGCCACGGCUCAUGAGCCCAGCCGCUCCGCGGCACGCGGGAUCCUCCCGGACCGGGGCACGAACCCGUGUCCCCCGCAUCGGCAGGCGGACUCUCAACCAGUGCGCCACCAGGGAAGCCCUGAGGUUAUUUUUAAAUCAACAUUUAUUAAGGCUACAAAGCUACAGCCCUGUUUUUCUCUCUAUGCUUUUAUGUUAGAAUUUAUAGAUUUCAUUUUUCUCUUUAUAAGUUUAGUAAAUUUUGAUCUUUCACCCAUAAGACAGCCUUUGAUCAACUCAAGAUGAUCAGACUACAUGCACCAUUUUUAAUGAUCAGUCCCAUAUACAACUUAAAUCUUACGCAUUUUGAACCCGUUUUAAGUUUAGUAGAUACACUUUUUGUUUUAAGCACCUUAAAUAUGUGACCAAAUAAAUAAAACCUUCUCAGUAGAUCUAGUAACUUAAAAUUGCACAUGUAGUGAAUCUCAAGUUCUCAAACUUUCCAGACCUUCUACCAGGAAGUGACGUUCGUCGGAUGAGGAACUUGGUUUUGCUCACUGCUGCACCCUCAGGACCUAGAAUAGACCCUGGCAGUCGGUAAACUUGCAUAAAUGAAGUAAUGUUUACAAUCUUAGUAAAUUUCUUGUGCCUUUUCACUAAAAAAGAAAUGUGUAAAAUCCGUAACUCAGUUAUACUUUUAAACUGGAAUCAAGGCUAAAACCUAAGAUUAAUUUGCCAAAAUUUCUUGCGUACUGCACACAACUUAAAUGUCAAAUACAUAGAUUAUUCUGAAGCUAAACACAAAAAUAUUAAAAUCUAAAUCUCCCACAGGGCUUAGAGACACCACUAAGGCAGGAAGGAAGUCAUCUCAGGCGAGUCGGGCUUCUCAUCUCAGGGACCACGUGGGCUGGGAUGAGGGGAGCUGGGGUGCUGCUGACCUGGGGCCCCCUCCACCGUCUGACCCGCAUGCUGCACCUCCUCUUCCUGUCUCUGCAGACUGAGCCGUCCUGGACCUUCCCGGACUCACCGUCUGCUCUGAGCAGGAAGGCCUUCUCCACCUGGUGGUACUCAGCCAGUCUGUCUGCCUCUGGUUCUUCCCUGACUUGUCAGUUGUCCUUGACUAGAUGCUUAGAGAUAUUAAAACACCUGCCUGUUAGAUUUGGCUCACCUUUCAUUUUUUUGUCUGCCUUUCAGGUUGCAACACUAAUGCUGUCUUCUUAGCUGAGUUUGAGAAGAGUGUAACUUUUUUUAUGGGUAACUAUACAUACGGUCAAAUCGCCUUCCAAACCAAUUACACGGUUUGUGAGACCUAGGAUUCCUGCAGGGUGCUGGGUUUCACUUCGUCUUUGCUAGCAAAGUGGCGCACUGUUGUUUUAAAGUUAAUAAUUGCUAGCUGAGAAAGGAUGUAUAAUUUUAAAUUUUGUAUUUCUUUAAUUACUUUUAGUUUUAACGUUUCUGUACAUGAAAAUUGGAAAGUUGUGUUUUCUUCAAGUCUGGCUGGAACUCUUGAAAGGGUACCAAAGUGACAGUUUCCAUAAAUGUGUUCUUUUUUAACUGGAUGAAACUUGUAGAAAUAAAAUGGACAAAACCGUGUCUCACCCUUCAACACCAUGGUGUUGUUAAGCCUGUUGGGUCGGCAGUUCUUUGACUUGGAUUUUAGAGCCUUGUGUGACGUUAAGAAUUGAAGACAGUUGGAGGAAAGGGAACCCGUGUGCACUGUUGCUGGGGAUGUAAAGUGGUGCAGCCACUAUGGAGAACAGUAUGGAGGGUCCUCCAAAAACUAAAUAUAGAGCUACCAUAUGAUCCUGCAGUCCCACUCCUGGGCGUAUAUCCGGAGAAAAUGAAAACACUGAUUCAAAUGUUCAUAGCAGCACUGUUUCCAGUAGCAAAGAUAUGGAAGCAACUGAGGUGUCCAUCAGCACAUGAAUGUAUAAAGAAGUGGUAUAUAUUUACACAAUGGAGUACGACUCAGCCAUAAAAAAGAGUGAAAUCCUGCCGUUUGCAACAACAUGGAGGGACUUGGGGGGUGUUAUGUAAGUGAAGUAAGUCAGAGAAAGGCAAAUACUGUACGUUUCCUUUAUACGUGGAAUCUAAGAAAUAAAAUAAACUAGUGACUAUAACAAAACAGAAACAGACUCAGAGAUAUAGAAAACAACCUAGUGGUUACCAGGGGGGAGAGGGAAAGGGCAGGUAGGGGUAGGGGAUUAUGAGACAUAAACUACUAGGUAUAAAAUAAAUAAGAUACAAGGAUACAUUUUACAGCACAGGGAAUGUAGCCAAUAUUUUUUAAUAAUCAUAAAUGGAGUAUAACCUUUAAAAAAAGAAGUGAGGACACUGUUGCUGAGUUUGAAUAUAAUAGAAGCUUACUUUUCUGUGUAAUGGGGGAGAGAAUUAGGGAUUGAUCGUUUCGAAAUCUCAAGUUAACCUUGGUUUUCAUACAAUGCCUAAAAGAAGAGCUUUUGCUAAACAAAGAUGAGCCUGCUGACCUUUCAUCCUUGGGUUGGAUGCUUUAUUUCCCAGUUAAUGGUAGGUUUCCCUUAGUCACUCAGGUUCUGUCUUGGGCCUGCCUUGGCCAGGGCUGGGAGGGCCUGUAGCUGAGUAGCUGAGGUUGCCAGAGGCCUGGACCAGGGCACGCGCUUCCUCCCAAGCCCAGGCAGCUCUGCGGGAUGUGUGAGCCUGUGAAUUCUGCUGGGGGCUGUUUGCCCGCUUGCAGGUGCCAGGCCGUGUUUCUGCCCCAACAUGGAGGACCAUUUUGCUGCAGCCUGGAAUUGAGCACCUGAGGACUUUGCAGAUAGAUGGCUGCCGGCGGGCCUGGACCACCCUUUCAAGCGGACGGCGCCAUCUGCUGGCAGCUUCUUCCAGGCGCCUUCGGUGUCCUGCGGGAGUGGGACCUUGGCACUCUGUCCCCACCUUUUUACUCAACAAAAUGUUAGUCAUAUGGAGUUGCCUUUUUUUUCUUAUUUUUCCACUUCUUGCGUGGUGUUCCAUUGUAGAGGAAGUAUGUAUUUUCAAAGCUUUUGACGCAAAUUUCAAAUUUUUUCCUUUAGAACGGUUGUACCAAGUUAUGUCAGAUAUUGAAGUUUCAACCAGGUUGGUAGAGAGAAGGACUACACAUCUAUAUGUUUUUAAAAUGAAACGUUGACUUGUCCCCACUAUUUAUUAUGGGCAUUUUGAAAGCCCCCAGAGUUGGAAGAGUGAUCCGCCACUGCCUAGAUCCCGCAGCUGUGGGCUCGACCGCAGUGUCAUCUCGUGGGGCGGGCCGGCCGGAUGCUGGAAAGUGACCGUGGAGAGUUGGCCCCCAGCCGAGACCCACGUGGCUGUGGCUCUGCCUUCUUGGUCGAGGCCCUUCCAGGGCCUCUGCUGUGCAUUUUGUUCAGGUCAGCUGUUGGGAAGCCACUGUCAGGUGGACGCCUGUAGGUGAGCAGCUCGGGCCCCUCCCGGCACUGGGCUCAGGACCGGCUCUGGGUGUCCUCGGCCUGUGUCAGCACCACUCCAGGCUGCUUCGGAUUCACACAGGUUCACGUGGCCACGCCCUCGGCGCCUCUCCCCUCCCCCUCUCGGCAGGACACGCCUCUCGAGACCCCUAACGUGAUUACCCCUGUAAAGACCCUGUUUCUAAGUAAGGCCCCACUUGCAGGGCCUGGGGGUCAGGACCUGGGCUACUUGGAGGACACGUUUACACCGCUGCACGUGCUGGCCACGCCCUGACGAUUACCGGGCUGGUACUGGUGGCCCAGACUCGCUCGUCCAGAAUUCCCUCGUGGGUAUUGAGAAGCGUCUCAAACCUUCAACGUCCCAUCUCUCGCUUUCUCCUCCCAGGCCGCAGACCCCGCUCCCCGCCGUUGGCUCCACCUCGGGACAUGCGGCUCUGCUCUGCCGGUGGCUCAGGUGAAUGACAGCGUUCCCACCUUUGCAUCGCGUGCAGAUGUGAGCCGAUGCCCAGCGCAGCCUCCCUGAGCUCACCUGUGUCCUUCCUGCCUGAGGUCGGCCUCCCCGGGCUCAGUGUCAGUGCACCUGCCCCGUCACGCAGCCGUGUGACCUGCCAGCUGCGUGCUCACCCUCUGUCGUGUCACCCUGCCUGAGCGCCCCUACGCCCUCCGUGUGCUGCCUGGCCUUCCUCUUCCUUGUGGCCCCAGGAAAGCCGCAGGGCCCAGGACAGUGUCCCGCACGUGUAGACAUUACUAGGUGUUUGCUGGACGCCGUUUGCUUUUGACUCAAGAUGAUUUGAUGUUUUAUAAAGAACUCACUCACCAUGAUGGCUACACAGACGUUGAGCAUAGACAGCUAUCAAGAUGGGCAACAAAUGCAAGUAGUAACAGAGUUAAAAACGGAGCAAGACCCCACCUGCUCUGAACCAGAUGUGGAAGGAGUGAGCCCUCCCCCUGUGGGGUCCCAGACCCCGAUGGACGCAGACAAGCAGGCCAUUUAUAGGCAUCCGCUGUUUCCACUAUUAGCUUUGUUGUUUGAAAAAUGUGAGCAGUCCACACAGGGCUCGGAAGGCACAACUUCUGCCAGCUUUGACGUGGACAUUGAGAGCUUCGUAAGGAGGCAAGAGAAGGAAGGAAAGCCCUUCUUUUGUGAGGAUCCAGAAACUGACAACUUAAUGGUAAAAGCAAUCCAGGUUCUGCGUAUUCAUCUUCUUGAGCUGGAAAAGGUUAAUGAACUCUGCAAAGAUUUCUGCAGUCGCUAUAUUGCUUGUCUAAAAACGAAAAUGAACAGUGAAACUCUCCUGAGCGGGGAACCUGGCAGCCCGUACUCCCCUGUCCAGUCCCAGCAGGUUCAAAGCGCCAUCACAGGCACUCUCAGCCCCCAAGGAAUCGUGGUACCAGCAUCCGCUCUGCAGCAGGGGAGCGUCACCAUGGCAACAGUGGCAGGGGGCACAGUCUAUCAGCCGGUCACAGUCGUCACUCCCCAAGGCCAGGUGGUGACACAGGCGCUGUCGCCCGGCACGAUCCGGAUCCAGAACUCCCAGCUUCAGUUACAGUUAAACCAGGAUCUCAGCAUCUUGCAUCAAGAUGACGGUUCAUCUAAGAACAAGAGGGGGGUCCUGCCGAAGCACGCCACCAAUGUGAUGAGGUCCUGGCUCUUCCAGCACAUCGGGCAUCCCUACCCGACAGAAGAUGAGAAAAAGCAGAUUGCUGCUCAGACAAAUUUGACGCUCCUCCAGGUGAACAACUGGUUCAUCAAUGCGAGAAGACGAAUCCUGCAGCCGAUGUUGGAUUCUAGUUGCUCAGAAACUCCAAAAACAAAGAAGAAAACUGCUCAGAACAGACCCGUCCAGAGGUUUUGGCCCGAUUCCAUCGCCUCAGGAGCUGCACAGCCAGCCGCCAGCGAGCUGACCGUGUCCGAAGGAGCCGUCGUGACCAUCACCGCGCCCGUGGGCAUGAACGUGGACAGCCUGCAGUCCCUGUCGUCGGACGGGGCCACGCUGGCGGUACAGCAGGUGAUGAUGGCCGAGCAGAGCGAGGACGACUCGGUGGACAGCACGGGGGACGGCGGGGCGGCGCUGGCGCCCGGCCACCUGGGCGGGCUGGUGCUGGAGAACAGCGACUCCCUGCAGUAGGGCCGCCCGCCCCGCCUUUUAUAGUUGGCACAGCAAACGUUUUACACAGUUUUAUUUCUAAUAUGUUUUAUAUGUAGGCAUAGAAGAGUGCACUUUUGUAUUUCCUAGUAAGCUUCCAGGGCGUCUUUGCUGGUGCAGCGACUUCUUUCAAGGUGUGUGUGUGCGUGUGUGUGCGUGCGUGUGUGUGUUUUUAAGGAAAUUCUUUCAAGGUUUAAUGCUAAAAGUAUGAUGAAUGACAGACCCCCUCCCCCGCCCCCUGAACCCCCGACUAGAUUAAGGAAUAGUGCUGCCAUUUUCUAGAAAAUCAUGCAGUUUUAAUUUAGCUCUGUGGUGAAAGCAGGUCUCAGUGGGCUGGUUUAUUGACGGAGCCCGUGGAUUAGGAAGCAGCUUCUGGCCCUGAAAAGUGCCGGUGUGAGGCGGAUGACAGCACACAGCAAUAAACCGCGUGCGACCUGGCGGCGAAUGUAUGGCGAGUUAAAUGUGGUUCCGUUCGCUCGUGUUCCGUGAGCCUGUGUCAUUUGCUGUAUGUGAAAAGAAACUCCUAUUUUUACCUUGCUGGAAUUAUUGGAUAAAAAGCUAUUUUUAUAAAUUCGUUAUGAAUUGGAUGAUGACUAUAUCGAGGAUAAAAUUUCUAGAGGAGAAACAGUACAUGCUUACUGUCUCAAUUUGGAAUGUUCUGAAUUGACCAAAUUUGACGAACCUGCCCAAAGUUAGCUAGCAUUCCAUGGCUCUCUGCUAUCCCAGGGUAGCAAUUUACAUUUACUCCUAUAAAAGAAACACCUAUUUAAUGAAGGUUUGAUAUCUUCAAAUUUUAGUCUAUCCGUAAGUGCUCAGAUUGCAUCCUACACUUAUCUUAAACAAACAUCUAAAGGUACUUGCUAAGUAGAGCUUAGGUAAGCUAAGAAAUGGUAGCCAGUGGUCAGUUAAAAGCUCUUACUGACAUACUUCAGUCUAAUUUAAAUUUGACCACAGUUAAAUGGUUAGUGUACCAUGUUAGCUGGGUGUUGUUUUAGAAUUUUUUAGUCAGCCAUAUGUUACGUGUAGAAUGUUUAUGAUAAACUAAUAUGAAGUGUCCUCUAUCCCGCUGGCUCAGAGCCGGGGUAAAGAGCAAGCCCUCGGCUUUGUUCCACGAUUAACAAACAUCCCCUGCGGGACGGGAACGAGUGGGGCCUGGAGGAUGGGGUGACGGUGGCCCUCCUGCCGCCGCGUCUCACGCUGGUCCUGGGGUCGGUGUUCUCUCCUGCACGUGGUCCUUCCCUCUGACUUGAUCACAUCAGAUCUGGAGUAGUGUUGGGACUUCGGUUCCUGGUGACCAGACGAACCGCAGAGCAGACUGGGUUUGUUUCCUUGGGUUUUGAUUUGUUUCUGUUGGUUUGCUUUCAAGUGGGGCUUUUCCUCAGAGAGGAAGCAGAGGCCCUGGUUUCACGGAGGAAAUCUUCGUGUUACCGUCAAGCUCAGCGCACUUCUCAAGGACAGUCUUACGGUCGGGAAGAUCGUCAGCUCCUGAGAAGCAGUGACAGUAACUGGUUGUGGACCAAGGCUACAUGGGGGUAUUCUGAGCUGGUGCAGGUUGUUUUCUGGAACUGACUUUCCCCCCCGAAAUUAUUAAUAAUUAAAGUUACUCAUAGGAGAGCACUUCCUAGGUAACUCAGAAGGAAGCAAGAAACACACAGGAAUUUCUUUUAAAAUAUUUCAGGAGGUUUAAAAGAAAAACUUGAUUCUCGACUCUUUUGGGGGAGAAAAUAACAUUUUAAAGCAGCUAUUGCGUCCCUCAUUUGUAAACAAUUUCAAGUAUUUUAAGUCAAGUCUACACCAGUUUAAAAGAGCAUUUGAAGUCCAACGAAGUUAGAAUUUAAGACGAGGCCCUGUGGAAGCUGGCCAGCCCCUCCCUCCCACCUCCCUCCCUUCGC